CCCCUUCCUGAAUGGAAAUCACCUGGAGAGCAGAGGUUUAGUUGGAUGAUCAGAGGAGCUGGUUUCUCCACAACUGAUCCUGAAAACAAAAACCUGAACUUUUUUCUUUUUGCUUAUUUUAGUUUUUUUAGGAGCAGCCGCAGAUCUCAGGAAUAUUAACGGAUUUUUAUCUUUAUUUAAUGAUUGUGUUUCAAACUGCAAGGAGUGGAACUUUGAAGCACUUGGAAGUAUUUUCUCUGCCAUAAAAUGUGGAGGCUGCAGAAGUUCUGGGUUUUGCUCUGUGUUCUCUGGUAUCUCCAGUCUGCUGCAGCUUCUCCUCCUGCAGACUCUGAGAAAAGCCACCUCUCUUCUUCUACAGCUUCCCCACCUUCUCCUCCUCCUCCAGUUGUGCAAUCCUCCCAUCCCUCUCAGGAGUUUCUGGCUCAGUUUACCCAGAUGAGCUCUCCAAACAGCGGGGACCGUAAACACCGGGAUGCCAGCGCCGUGCUGCCCUUCAUCGGCCUCACCAGCAGUGCUGAGCAGAGUCGUAACUGCUGUAAGAAUGGAGGAACUUGCAUCCUGGGCAGUUUCUGUGCGUGUCCCCCAUUCUUCACCGGGAGAAGCUGUGAAUACGACACCAGAAUUAGACGAUGUGAUUUUAUUCCUCAUGGAGAGUGGGUCCAGAAAGGCUGCUCCUACUGCCGCUGUUUCCACGGCAUCUUGCAUUGCUUCCCUCACAUGUUCAAUAAAGAUUGUGAUGACUCGGACGAGGAGGUGAUUUGGUAUCAUUCGUCGGCUGUCAGGACGGAUCCUCUCAGCUGUUUCCUGUAUCUGCUGCUCCUUCCUGUCCUCCUCGUUCUCUGAACUGCCCCUAAAACAGACUCCAGGGAAACGGGAAGCUCUUUAUUCCUCUGCAGAGGUGCUGCUUUCAUCUGCAGCCAGAAUUUUCUCUCCUGAACUCGCUGAACAGAUGAAGCUGAAGGACUGAUCAGAUGAUGAUGAUGUGAUGAUGUCAGCCUUUAAAGUGUUUCCUUAGUUUAUCCCAAAACGAAUGAAAUGGGAAUUUAAAGGAAACUGUACAUAAGAUUUAGUUUUUAUCUCUUUGUUUUCUCUUUGUGAAAGAAAAUACUUGUGGUUCUUGUUAAAAACUUGCACAAACUGAUCUGAUGUGACACUUUGUCUUUAAAUAUAACCUUAAUGUGUUUAACUAAUGCUUUAUUUAUGUUGCUGUUGCGUAGAGUUUGAUUUAAGGGAAGCAGGUUUUAAUCUGGGAAGAUCCACUGAAGCCGAUGGUCUUUCUCAGCCUCUGUUAUCUGGAGGUAUUUCCAGAGGAGAGCCGUUCUCUCCUGACUCUUAUCUUCACAGUUUAUUGAUGAGGUCUGAUUUGAUUAUCUGCUGCUUUCUUAUCUUGAACAAACACAGGAGCUGCUGCUCUGCAGUCCGUCAGCUGGUUUGUGGCUGCAGCUCCAAACAAUAAGCAGCAGAAUAAGAAAAUGAAGGUUUAUUUCUGUGAUUUAAUGCUCUGUCUGAAGAGUUUUGUGUGCAAAGAAGGAGAAAAGGAUCCUGCAUGUCCAAAAGCUGCAAAUGUAAGGAGGAUUUUUAUACCAAUGAAGGUUAGGCUGGUUAUAAAAAGCAUCCAUUUAUUAACUUUCAGCCAAAAACUCCAUUCCGUUCUGUUAUGUAAAUCAGAGGGAAACGGUUGCAAUCAAAAGUUUUUACAGUGAAUGUUGUGUAAAGUGUGCGUAUUUAUAUCAUCCCUCUUUAUUCUGCUACGCUUAAUAAAAUCCAGUGCAACCAGGUACCUUCAGAGGUGCAAUUUAGUCGAAGUUUAAAACAAGAUUACAAAGCUUGGAACUGUAGUUGUUUUGUUUUAACAGCAAAUUUUGUUCAAAUCGAUUUUUGUUUUGCUCUUUUUUUUUUUCUUACAUUGGAUUAGAAAUUCAUCCAGUACUGACUGCCUCUUUCAUCUGCAAAUAAAGUGAUGAAU